AUGAGUGCUCCAAGUACUGUAACUAAUAAUAUUAACAGCCUCGAGGGUAGAAAUUUUCCGGAACCAGGAAAGGAAGACCCAAAUUAUUCUCAUAAAUAUAUUGAUGAUGUUGAUGGCGGUUAUGGGUGGGUUAUCUGCUUUGCUACUUCUCUUCUACUCUUCUCUACCUGGGGUUUAAACUCAGCCUAUGGGAUUUACUAUGCUUAUUAUUUAGAUUCCAAUUACUUUCCAGAAGCUACUGUAUUGCAGUAUUCUGCUAUUGGAGGUAUGUCUUUUGGAGUUGGCUUAUUCUUCGCUCCUCUUAUUAACUAUGUUCAAGGGGUGUUGGGAACUAGAAUCACAAUUGCUUUAGGGGGUCUAAUGCAAUUUGCUGCAGCGUUCAUGGCUAGCUAUGCAGUGAAUAUAUGGGAGCUUUUAUUGACCCAAGGUGUAUUAGAGUCUUUUGGACUUGCAUUCAUCAGUCUCCCAGCCUUGACCUUGACGUCCCAAUGGUUUCAAAAGAAAAGGGUACUUGCUAAUCUGCUCACAGUUACUGGAAGUGGUGUAGGUGGUAUUGUAUUUAACUUGAGUUUGCAGAGGAUAAUAGAAGUAAAAAACGUGAAUUGGGCACUUAGAACUCAAGGUAUCCUAAGCUUAGUUUUGGUAUUAUUUGCUGCUGCAAUUAUCAAGACGAAGUCAAAGCAUCAUAAAGUUGAGUUCACAAUUGUAGAUAAAGAUUGUAUCCAAUGCGCAGGUUUCUGGAUGAUCUGUUUCUAUUUGAUUGUUUGCAUGUUUGGUUACGUGGUUGUGAUGUUUUGUUUGAGUGAUUUUACAGUAUCUCUAGGAUAUUCAGAGUUUCAGGGUUCUAUCGUUGCUACAAUGCUACAAGUUGGAAUGGUUAUAGGAAGACCUACAGCAGGGUUUUUGUCUGAUUAUUUCGGACCUUUGGCAGUCACAGCAAUUGCAUACUAUCUAAGCGCCUUAUUUACUCUUGCAAUGUGGGUAACUGCGAAAGAUUAUGCAACAGCAAUUGCCCUAGGUUUAGUUCUAGGGUUGUUUUUGGGGACUGUUUUCUCUACUAUUGCUUCCAUCACUGUAAGAUUGGUCAGUAUUUCUAAAUUAAACGUGGCUUUUUGUAUGCUGUGGAUCUUCUUGGGUAUAUCUGCCCUUUUCUCUCAACUAAUUGGUACUGCUUUGACUACAGGUAAUGGAAAGAGUGAAUAUAGGAAUACUGCAAUCUUCUCUGGUGUGUCUUUCUUCGCAGCUGCAACAGCUAUUCUUAUUUUAAGAGGCUAUAUUAUUACUAGAGAUAUGAUAAUUGAGCAGAUGUCAGAACAAGUUCACGAAUUGAAGAUAAGAGUCCCCCCCGGAAGAGUCCUUGGAAAUUGCCUCAAGUGGCCAAAGAAAAGAGCUUGA